CGCUGUUGGCGAGUAAUCCUCGCGAGUAGGAUCCGUGUGUCUGCCGCUGCCGCUGAACCGGAGAGGGUGCAUGGAGGAACGUUCUUCUGUUUGUCAACGCGGAUGUGUAUGGAGAGAAUCCAUGGCGAUCUACCUGCGAGCCCGCAUCCAAGUCUCGACCUCUAGCCAACGCGCACAGGAGAACCAUAGAUGUGCGUUUUUAUUCUGAUGUUGCAAAAUAGCCCGACGUUAUUUUAGAGUCAAAGAAUCUGAUAGGUUGUCUUGUCGGCUUAUUUCUCGUCGCGCACCAUUUUGACCGGAUAUUUCUAUGAUGGAGCACAUUCGGACACCGAAGGUGGAGAACGUGCGUCUGGUGGACCGCUCCACCCCCAGGAAGGCGGGCGUGGGCACGCUGUACCUCUCCGCCACGCACACCAUCUUCGUAGAGAACAACCCAGAGACGCGCAGGGAGACCUGGGUGCUGCACAGCAUGGUGGCUAGUGUGGAAAGACCGCCCACCACGCCGACAGGAAGUCAGCUGGUGAUCCGGUGUAAGAACUUCCUGAUCUAUCAUCUGCUGGUGCCUCAGGAGAGAGACUGCAUGGACCUCCACGUCUCCCUCACACGCCUCUCACGGCCAGAGAAGUAUGCCGAUCUGUACUGCCUGUCGUUCAACCCCAGCUUGAACAAGCAGGAGAGGGAAGAGUCCUGGGACUUCCUGGACGUGAUGGAAGACUACAGGCACAUGGGCGUGCCUAACAACCUCUGGGUUACCACGGCAGCCAACAGCGAAUACAGGGUGUGUGACACCUACCCUGCCGAGCUCUUUGUGCCCAGGUCGGCCACGCCCUCCGUCAUCGUGGGCAGCUCGAAGUUCCGCAGUCGUGGUCGUUUCCCCGCGCUGACCUACUUCCAUCAGGACACGCUGGCUGCUAUCUGCCGCUGCAGCCAGCCGCUAUCUGGCUUUAGCGGCCGUUGCCAGGACGACGAGCAGAUGCUGCAAGCUAUCAUGAAAUCCAACCCAGGAAGUGAUGUCAUCUAUGUGGUCGACACCAGACCAAAGCUGAAUGCGAUGGCUAACCGUGCGGCAGGGAAAGGCUAUGAGAACGAAGACCACUACACCAACAUCAAGCUGCACUUCAUCGGCAUCGAGAACAUCCACGUCAUGAGAAACAGCCAGCAGAAGAUCAUCGAUGUGGGUGAGCUGCGGACUCCUUCUAUGGGAGACUUCCUGUGGGGUCUGGAGAGCUCUGGUUGGCUCAAACACAUCAAGGCAGUGCUUGACGCUGGGGUCUUCAUCGCAAAGGCGGUAGCAGAUGAGGGGGUGAGUGUGCUGGUUCACUGUUCUGACGGCUGGGACAGGACAGCCCAGGCCUGCUCUGUAGCGAGCAUUCUGCUAGACCCAUACUACAGGACCAUCAAGGGGCUCAUGGUGCUGAUAGAGAGAGACUGGAUCUCCUUCGGGCACAAGUUCUCCCACAGGUGCAGCCACCUGGAGGGUGAUCUCAGGGAGGUGUCCCCUGUCAUGGAUCAGUUCCUGGAGUGUGUGUGGCAGUUGUCGGAGCAGUUCCCCUGCGCCUUCGAGUUCAACGAGCACUUCCUGAUCCAGAUCCACACACAGGUGUACUCCUGUCAGUACGGCUCCUUCCUGGGGAACAGCCAGAAGGAGAGGAGGGACUUGAGACUUAGAGAGAGGAGCCACUCAGUGUGGAUUCAGCUGUGGAGAGAUCGUGCAGAGUACCUGAACCCUCUUUACAGAGCCGACCACAGCCAGACCCAGGGAGUCCUGCGCCCCAACACCACCCCCUACUGCUUCAAGAUGUGGAAAGGGAUGUACAACCGGUCAGAGAAGGCAGCUCCGCCCCGCCAGUCUCCCAGCGAAUGUCUGACGGCCAUGAGGGAGGAGUCUCAGCAGCUGGAGCAGGAACUGGCCAAUCACCAGGAGGUACCGCGAGGGACCGCCCACUCUGGCUCCAAACAAGAGGAUAGCAGCCCUGAUGAUGAGACACACACAGGAGGAGAGGGGGAGGAAGGAGGAGGAGAGGGGGAGGAAGGAGGAGGAGAGGAAGGAGAAGGAGAGGAAGGAGGAGGAGAGGGGGAGGGAGGAGGAGGAGAGGGGGAGGGAGGAGGAGGAGAGGAGUGAAACCCCUGAGGAAGACAUUGGAUGUUGUCUUCCUCCUCCCUCUGACCAGCCAAUCACCACCCUCCCUCAGGACACCAGCCCCUCCCCCCUCUCACCUGACCACGCCCACCCAGGGUUGAUCUUGCCCCCGGAGCAGGUCCGGAUCCAAGGUCACAACCCCGACGACCUCUGGGCUUGUAGCGACCCGGAGUCGGGCGUGGCCAACCUCAGCUCCUCCUCCUCCGGAUGUGAUUUCGCCAAGGACCCCGACUCUGAUGAGGCUGCCCUGUACAGAGCUAGGACCCAGACUGCUUCCUCCACUGCCUGAGUGAAAGGCAGCUUAGGACCCAGCCUUCUACACCUCGUUGCCUGACUGGAAAUGACAGUUGAACGACAGUUGAUGAAAGGACAUGUCAAAAUCCCAAGUAAGCCUCGUUACCUAGACAACAAGUCAGCUGUGAAGUGACAGUUUGGAGCCCCUGGGCUGUGUUUUAAUUUAUUUAAUAUUUAAACUGAAGUGGACCAAUAAGAAUGGAUCAUUUUAGCAUAGUUUUAUCGACCUGUCAGAGCACAGCCUUGUAGACCACCCAGACACACUGAUCCUGGAUCAGAUUCACUCUUCUUGAAUAGAGACCCGAACAACUGCAAAUGAAAACCCAGAACUGUCCAGAGACCAGCCGCUGGGGACAUCUCUAGACCCACAGGGCAACCUAACGCACCCGCAAGAGGACGGAGACGGACACUUUCUGUCACACAGGAAGUCAGCCCUCAGAUGGUGGUGGGUAUCUGAGUGACUUUACUAGAACAAAACGUCCACUCCUCAGUUUGUUUACAGAGAACGGCAUAUACUUUAUAAGUGCAAUAUUUUUAAGUUUUCAUGUCUUUUAGGAUGUUCCUUUUUUGUUUUCCAAGUACCGUGUGCUGUUUUUUAAAAGGUCGUAGGACUCGCAGAGUUGUAUGAUAGCAUUAUAUUAGUAUUUAUCUCUGUAGAUCAGUUGGGUGUGCUGGAGAAGCUGUAGGUUGCUGAGCUGUAGCUCAGAGGAGGUUCACUGCUCCUUAUAGCAACAACAUGGAGGAACAGGAUUUAUGUAGUGAAGAGAACACACACACACACAAACUCUCUUUCUCUCACUCUCUCUCCCCGAUCUCUCUCUCUCCUCUCUCUUUCAUACUACUAAGUGUCACCAAGUAUUUUCUUCUCAAUUCCUGGACUGUCUGAAUUGUUUGAAAAUGCUAUUUUCUUUCUCCAUUCCAAGGAGGGAUUCCUAAACUGAUUAGACUAGAUUAUUGAGAUUAAGAUUCAGCGGACAUCAACACGUCUAUCCCUUUCACUGUUGUGUUUUCCAUGUAGGUUGUGUUUGAAAUAGUGUAUGUAUGCAUUGUCGUAAAUGAUCCAUUUAAAUAAACUGCACUCAACGUU